AUGAGAGACGAUACCAGAGGCGAUGAAGCCGGCUCCGGCGGCUUUGACUUCUCCUCGAACGUAGAUGCAAUUCUCCAACACCGGGUUCAAAGGAAGUCGGCUGCUCGAUGGGCGAGAAAUCUGAGAUUCCUCACAUUUGCUGGUGAUGAGAUUCACACAGACGCCAAAGUUUCAGAGGGAUCCGACUCAACGAGAGAAGUGCACUGGGGCCGAUGUACUCGCUGUGAACUGCGAACUCCGCCUGCGGCAGGACACAUAUGUGCUACCCAUGCUCAAUCCAAUAACACCGACAUAAAGACAUACGAGAAGCGGGCCAAAGAGUAUACUGAUCCUUGCAUACACGUGGAAGAUGCGUCUUGUGAAGAGUGUAUGCAGAUACCCCUCUUUCCAAAUCAUGGUAAGGCGACGAAUUUCCGCAUCAGAAGGCUCAAACCAAAGGGCACGAGGCCGUCUGAAUUAGGGAUCUGCACUCACUUUGUGGCUGUCUCCUACUGUUGGUCCAGCGCAAGCGCUCGAAAGUCAAGUGAGCCUAGCACGGAGGGCAAACAGUAUCAGGUCCUUGAGGAAAACAUGAAAACAGUGCGUCCCAUACGCGCUCCAAAAGAUACCAUUGAUCGAGCAGUGAGCUUCGCCGCCCAGAAUGGAUAUCGAAUGAUUUGGAUCGACCAGGAAUGCAUCGAGCAGGACAACGAGAAUGAGAAAGAGCUGGGUAUCCAAGCGAUGGACUUUGUGUAUGUCAAUGCGCAGAUCUCCAUUGGUUUGUUCCAAGCAACACUCGAACAACGCCAUCUUGACGCUCUGCUACUAUUUUUCGAAUGGAAGAUUGGGUCGGAUAUGCGACGUCGUGGACCUCGCCCACUCAAGCAGUGUCGAAGUCUCCGAAUAAAGAACCUUGCUGAAGCUUUGAGCAUGAUUGCAAUGGACAGAUGGAAUACGCGCGCAUGGAUUCUCCAAGAAGCCUUCGCGUCAGGUGGUAACAUGAUUCUUUUAUUCCCUCGAGCAAAGGAGAUGGCUGUCAGAGGCUGGAGUCUGAUCUGCCACGAUCUGUCUCUUACCGAAAUUGGCAUCAAGCUUGACAUACUACAGAGGUGUAUUAAGCAAUCCGUUGGCCUCUUCACCCCAAAGCCUGACAGCAGUAUCCCCAUCAAGCUUCCGGAAUGGAUAGAGGCCUUGAAACGUCUCACGUGGUUCCAGCCCGAGACAAGCACUCGGCACAUGUUCAAUUUCUGGAUCAAUGAUGCCAAACCUAGACGCACAUGCAAUGCCGCUGUGGCGAUGUCCUUUUUGAAGCACCGAGACAAUGAUCGUGUAGCCGACAGACUGGCCAUACUUGCAAACCUAUGCGAUUAUAGUCUGCGGCUGAAUACUGUGGAACUAGAGAAGUCUCAGGGUCGUCUAAGCGUCUGUGUUCUUGCACUGGCUAUAGCAAACGGAGACUUUUCAUUGCUCUCACCAGAGUCAUACCAUAUUCCUCGUGGAUUGGACGUCACCCGGAACAAAGGCGACAAGGAAUUUACCUGGGUUCCUCCCAACGUGACGCAACUCCAGUAUAUCAGAUCGAGGACUGCCGAUCCUGGAGGGGCGACUCCCGGCCGAGUCUCCCCCGUCUCUUACCGGGUAACAAACGAAGGGCUCUCACUCCGGGGUUUCAUGUGGAAGAUCGAUCGUUUUGUUGAACUGCCGUCUAUUAAACACAAGUACAAAGAGUCCUGGGCCAGGCUGUGGCGCCCGAGUACAAGGCUCGAGGAGCAGUCCUUGGAGGUGAUGGAAAAGCCCUACAUCUUCCAGCAAGUGUCUAGGGCACACUGGCUGGCAGUCACGCAUAUUUUCUUUGAAGUGAUUGAACUGCUUCGCGAGAAAAACCAGAUAAGUGUAGCAGACGCCGUAUGGCAUUCUGUGACGAAUGCCGAUUGGAGAAAAGGGAGAUUUCUGGAAUCCGUCGCCGAGUUCCCGGAGCAACUGACAGUUGAGAAGCGUAAGGGUAUGUUCCGUUUAGAACAAAGCACGGAUGGAUCUCUUGAGCACAAGUGGUUGAUUGAUAGGAUCAUGCUCCAAGGAGGCCUAUGGAUUCGCCGACGGGUGCGACUUUCUACCGAUCAUGAAUUCAGUGAUGGAACACCCUCUGGAUAUGGCGAGAGUGACGCCGUGUCUGGCGAGGAUCAAGUCGGCUGUGCUACCCAGGAUCAACGGCUGGAAGCCAAGUUCCGCUCUCCUGCUCGGGAGCAUACAGCACCGAACAUAGAGACGCCUAGAGCUGUAUCAGCUUUUCAAGCUGAUGACGUCGCCAGAGAAUCAGGUCAGCCAUCUCCUCUGGCGUCCGUUGAUGGGUCUAUGGUCCCAGCAACCCCGCACUCCGGAACCAAAUUGUCUGACUCUCUUCGCAAACCAGAGAAAGCCCCUAAAACCCAUUCUGACUAUCAAUCCACGCUUUCCAUGAUGAUGAAAAUGCACGAUCAUAAGGCAAUUACGAAGGAUGACAGUGAGGGAGAGGUCGAUGACCCUACCGAUCCCGAUAAGGCCUUCAGGUUCUUACCGGAGAAUAUAGGAGAUUUCGUUGCAUUUAUAAACAAUAUGGAUGGUAGGAAUUCUCAGACGUCUCUUCGGCAACAGCGCGCAGUCUUCGACAUCGAGGGCGACACUUCAGGACAGGUUUUGGUACUGACCCCUUUCCAAAAGCGGUUGGAGACGCUACCUCGGCCUGAGACUCGGAGUAUGAGCGUAUCUUGGGUGGUGCAACCUGUUUCAAAUCUUGCCGGAUCCAAAGACAGUCGAAGAUCAGAAUUCUUUGGAAAGGUCGAAACGCUGAAAACCUCAGGGAUGGUUCGUGGAAUGUGGAAAUAUAUGGUGCAACCUGAGGACAGAUACAAUCUAGUAUAG